UCUAUAUAAGCUACCGGUCCGACGUGGAAACCUCACUUGCACCCCGGCAGCAGUCAGAAAAGGAUACGAUCCACGGGGACGAAUCUCUAAUCCGUUCGAAUCGAGGAAUCGGCCGAUCCUUUGAUUUUUUUAACCGAGAAACGAAGAGAGAGAAAGAGAAGGAGAAGCCAUGAAGUUUGGAUUGCUCUGGUUGUUCUGCUUGUUGACGGUUGCCAUCUUCACCGACAGAACCUUCGGAAGCCCCUACAUCGAUGAUGAGGAAGAUUCGCUGCAGAUUGCAGAUUCAGAUUAUACAGAUAAUGCAUUAGAGAAUCUAAUGCGAGCGGCUCAACAAAAGCGGGCCUGCAUACCACGGAGCGGAAACUGCGACCACCGGCCGAAAGACUGCUGUUACAGCUCCAGUUGCAGAUGCAAUUUGUGGGGGUCAAAUUGCCGGUGCCAACGAAUGGGUCUCUUCCAGAAAUGGGGUUAAAAACGAUCUCACUCUCAAUCCCCUCUUUCUUUCUCGGCGAGAACGUUCCUCCUUUUUAGCACGCCAUGCGACUACAAUGCACGAUUUCGUAUAAGAUUUGUCAAGAUUUCGUUUCAUCCCUCAGAGAUAUUCUCAUUUCUUUUCCUUUCUUUCUUUCUUCUUCUUCUUCUUCUUCUUCUUUCCAUCAUCUUGCGAAUACUCGAAUUGCGUAAGCGUUUUUUGCGUACGAAUUUUUACCAUCGUCUGCUGUCCCACGGUCUAACAUUUUAUGCGCACGCCACGCGAUCUAGAUUUAGGAUAGAAUUUUUAUUUGCGAUGCGUGAAAAUAGCAAAACUAGAGAAGAUAGAGCUUUCGAAUGUAUGCGUUGCGGGUGAGGGUGAGUUUUUACGGUGUCUUCCCUACGGUUCCUUCUCUCUCUUUAAUUUAUCAAUUUACAUCUUUUUUUCUUACGUAUUUUUUUUUUUUUUUUUUAGAUAUCUCGUAUCUACCUCCCACGUAUGUAUAAUAAUCGAGAUAAUGAAUUUUAUCUAACGUUUAUUUAUUUAAUUUUCUUCCGUUUUAUUAAACACACUUGACUUUAUUAUUAUUACGCUUAUCUUGUAGAAUUAAGUUAUUAUUCUUUGUAUUUAUUAAUCUGUAUUUUUUUUUUAUUUCUAUGAAUUGAAACCUUACUUACUUCGAGGCCUUGCGCAAUUUAUCAGCCAAAAUGAUCGAACGCCAAAACCCCAAACGAAAAAACGAAGGGUAAUAGAAGAAACGAACGAACGAAUGAAGAUCGUACCGAGAAUUUACUUAUCUUCCUCGAUGUUCAUUUUAUUCUCCGCGAGAAGACGUGGAGUGAAACGUGGAUACAGGAUAAAAUUACGGGAAUACAAAGCGGUCCAUGCAUUUUAAGAAUUAUAUUCCGCUGUAACACGAUGAUAAUAAAUACGAACGAACGGUGUAACGAUAAAUUGUGAAUCCCUUGAGAGAAGAAGAAAUGUCUAAGCGCAAGUAGAUCUUUACACACACACAUAUAUAUAUAUAUAUAUACAAACAAUUUUUGAAAAUUAAAAUUCCAGUGUUCUUAAGUUGAUCCAUGACUGACGUUUAUUUUUUUUUUUCGAAGCGAAAUUACAUUCAACAAUGAUUCAACAAUGAUUCAACGGUGCAAAACAGAAGAAACUUUUUCUUUACUUCUUUCUGUUACUCGCGAGAGAGAGACACACUUGUCGCCUAAUCGAGAAUCGCGUCCGCAUUAUUUUGAUAUAAUUAAACACCAAUGGUAUAAAAAUUGUAUAAAACUAGGGUUAGCUUAGAAGGGAUGGACGAAGUUAAUAAGGAGUAAAUUUUUUGAUCAGGCUCAGCAUUCUCUGCUAUUAAUAAAAAAAAAAAGGCCGUCAUCCUCUUCGAUGGGAUGAUGAUAAAAUUGGGAAGGAUCGAUGAAUUUUUAACUCAUAUAGCAAAAUUUUUUUAUAGGUAUAGAUAGUGUAUCACUGAUCGGUAUUUUCCUCUAAGUCAGCUUUAUCGAUCGGAUGUCGGUAUUCUUUUUUUGUUCAUCGUUCGUCGAGGAUGAUCACGGCCGAUUAGAAUAAUCGAACGAAGAAAUAUAUAUAUAUAUAUACAUAAAAUUAAAAAUGAUUCCUGAAAAAUUAAGGGAGAAUCGCGGUUUACAGAUACGAUAGAUAAAGGUUCUCUCCUAUUCAAAUUUUAAACUUACUUCUAUGUAUACUAUAAUUAUAAAUGAAACAAUACAAUAAUGGAUGUUAUCGUGUCGUAUCAUCGAAGAUCGUGGAUGUACAUGUAUCGAUAUAUUAUAUGGAAAUAUAAUAUAUAUUAUAUAUGUAAUGGCAAAAUAAUUUUCUCUCUCCUGUAUUCCUGUUUACUGUGCUCAAGAGGUACACAAUUUAUUUUAAUAAGAUUAUAUAUAUAUAUACAUAUAUUUACGAAAAAUAUACUUUCUAUUACACAACAAAAGUUUUUCGUUUCGAAGGAAUAUAUAG